UUAAAGCAUUGCAGCAACAACAAAAACAAGAACAAGAAGAAGAAGAAGAAGAAGAACAGCAACAACUAACAGAAACAAUAGAAAAUACAAAGCGAAUCGAAUGAAAUCAAAACAACAGAGCAGAGUAACAAGACCAACACGCAAAAAACAAGCGCCAGCACGUGCAGGGGAGCAACAACAACAACAUCUAUAUCUAAACAACGACAAUGAAAGGAAACAUCAACAACAACAACAUGGGGCUUGGUAAAUCCAUUAAAAUGUACCUGACCAUAUUCGUCGCCACAACCUGCAUUUACAUGCUGAUCUAUCAGUAUCACAUGUCCACCCAAGAAAUCGACUCAAACGAAGUCAUCAAGCAUCAAGAUAAAUCAUCAUUAUCUUCAUCGUUCGCUUCAUAUUUCUGGGCGCUAACAUCAAAUGGCUCCUUAGCUAAUAUAAACGACAAUAGCAAUACCAUAGCAACAACAACAUCAACUGCAGCAUCGUCCUUGUCAACGGUUUCAUUAGCUGCAACUGGCGCCACAUUGAUGACAUCAUCAGGCUCAUCACCUCCAUCAUCUUCAUCAACUUCAUUAACAUCUUCACCGACGGAAAAGCGGGCUGCCAAUACAAGCAAGUCGUUGUUAACAACAGCCGGUGCGACUACAACAACAACAACAACUACAAUAAGAACAACAACAACCACUAGAAAACAGACAACUACAUCAACAAAUACAACUAGAACUACAAGCACAAGAGGGACAAAGCCAAAAGCAAAUCAAUUUGGAACACUCGUCCACGCCACGAGUUCUUUAGCAGCGACAUCGGCGUCAACGCCAGCUUUAGGCCGGGUUCGAAGACCCCGCGAAGCAUUUGUUCCUGUUCCAGAGCCCCCGCCCCUCUAUAUAAUCACACCCACAUACCGGCGACCGGAACAACUGGCCGAGCUAACCCGACUCGGCUAUACACUCAAGCAUGUCACCAACUUGCUCUGGCUGGUCAUCGAGGAUGCCAACGAGACAUCGCCGUUGGUGUUCGACAUCUUAGACCGCAUUGGGGUGCCCUAUCAUUACCUGCUGGCGCCUAUGCCCGCUCAGUACAGAAUCAAGCGUUUUAAGCCGCGUGGAGUCUCGAAUCGAAACCGGGGCCUGGCCUACAUUCGAGCCAAUGCCACCGAGGGCGUCUUCUACUUCGCCGACGAUGACAACACCUACGAUGUUAGCUUAUUCGAACAGAUGCGCUACACAAAAAUGGUGUCCAUGUGGCCGGUGGGACUUGUAACCAAUACUGGUGUUAGCAGUCCUAUUGUACGCGACGGUAAGCUAAAUGGCUUCUACGAUGGCUGGAUUGGUGGACGCAAAUAUCCCGUGGAUAUGGCGGGCUUUGCGGUGAGCGUUAAGUUCCUGCUCCAGCGGCCGAAUGCAACGAUGCCAUUCGUGGUGGGCUAUGAAGAGGACGGUUUCCUACGCAGCUUGAAGCCGCUGUCGAAUGAUGAUAUCGAGCUUUUGGCCAACAAAUGUACAGAGAUACUCACCUGGCAUACGCAGACAAAGAAGAAUCCGUCCGCCAUUGCUUUGAAUCAGACCCGCUAUGGCGGCACUAAUCUAAUCGCCAUUGAUAAGUUGCUGGUGCGAUCGUAGAAACGUCCGACCCGAUCUAUGUAGUUAGGAUACAUAGCUAUAUAAAUACAAACAAACAAACAAACACACAUACAUAUACAAUGUAGGCGAGUGAGCUCACAAAGUGUCCGUGGCUUAAACCAAUUGUACAGGUACAAUCUUGGGCUUAAGUCGUUUCAUACUACACCUAUACACGUACAUACCAACUAAUUAUUAUAUUAACUAGUGGAAUAUGCAUAAUCACUUAUGUAUGUAAGUUUGUAUGUGUGUGUGUGUGUGGCAUAUGCAGACGAAUUCAUGUAAAUUCCUAUUAUUAGUAAUUAGUUAGAAUUUAAAUAAAGCGCACACAUUUUCUAAAAUAUUUACGAAUAUACACAGGGCUAGUGUGUUUGACCCCAGCCGGCAAUAUACAAACAUACAUACAUACUUGCUAUAAAUAUAAACUUAUACAUAUGUACAUAGAUAUGCUAAGUAUUGUAUUUAUAUUAGAAUUACAUAUGUGCACUCCGUCUUGGACAAUUUUGUAUAUACAUACAUACUUUGGUAAUUGCAAUAUACAUUUAUAAUUAAUUAAGCCUAGUUUUUUUAGGCGAGUAACUUCUCUAUUGAUUAUUAUGUUUAUAUUAAAUAUACUGUGCAUUUCUCUUAAAAAGACAGAGACCUAAAGACAAAUUUUAGUUCAUAAGCUUGUAAUCAUCCUCAACUGAAUCCAUCAAUCUGCAUUCUAUGAAGGAAAAAAUGUUUAUUAAGUUCCUAAAUAUUUCUAUGAUGUACAUUUUGGCAGCAUUCCUGCAACGUCGUUGAUCUUGUACGCCUCUAUUUAGCUAAACAGAACUUUCUUAUUAUAAAUAUUUAAUUAAUUCUAUACCAGAUUAUUCUUCUACUUGAAAUGUUUAAAUCAGCGAUUAGUCAGCUAUUCCAAAGUGCAAAUUAUUUAAUUUUUUUGUUGAUAUUGAUUGAUCCUUAAAAUGGAUACUAAACAGAGGCAUCAAUGACGGUUCGUCCCUCUCCGGGUUCAUGCUAUAGGCCCUGCUUUAUGAGCUCUACGAUAAUGCUGUUAUUCACUUGCAAAAGGGUCAGGACAUUGCCGGAAUACUUCCAUGAUUCCUUGAUUAAACACUAUUAUGCCUGUAAUACCGCACUCUACGCACAGAUACGUAUGCCUAUAUUAAUAAGUGUUUAGUUUCACAUUUACUUUGAACCUCUUACUUUAGCUCCUUAGCUAAGCUUUAAUAAAAAUCCUUCCACUUGGAAUGUAGGUUUAUAGCA